AGCGCACCUGCCCCGCCUCCGCCAGGCGGGCCGCGGGGCAUGCAGCGGACCGGGGGCGGGGCUCCGAGGCCCGGGCGCUACCACGGGCUCCCAGGUAGCCUUCGCCAGCCAGACCCCGCCACCCUCCUGAUGCUGCUCGUGGACGCCGAUCGGCCGGAGCCCGUGCGCAGCGGAGCGCGCGAGCUCGCGCUCUUCCUGACCCCCGAGGCUGGGGCCGAGGCGAAGGAGGUGGAGGAGACCAUCGAGGGCAUGCUCCUCAGGCUGGAAGAGUUUUGCAGCCUGGCUGACCUGAUCAGGAGUGAUACUUCACAGAUCCUGGAGGAAAAUAUCCCAGUCCUUAAGGCCAAACUGACAGAAAUGCGUGGCAUCUACGCCAAAGUGGACCGGCUAGAGGCCUUCGUCAAGAUGGUUGGACACCACGUCGCCUUCCUGGAAGCAGACGUGCUUCAGGCUGAGCGGGACCAUGGGGCCUUCCCGCAGGCCCUGCGGAGGUGGCUGGGAUCCGCAGGGCUCCCCUCCUUCAGGAACAAGUUACCUGCACCGGUGCCCGUGACGUAUGAGCUGCCCACACUGUAUAGGACGGAGGACUAUUUUCCUGUGGACGCCGGGGAGGCACAGCACCACCCCCGCACCUGCCCUCGGCCUUUAUGAGUUUCCUGCUAUUGUCCUAACACUCCGGAUUUCUCACGGUGGCUUCAACCUGCAGUGGGUAUUUCUGGAAUUCCUCGAAGAGCCAAGAACACACAGAUAAUUCCCCUAUGCACAUACAGGACUGAACUGUAGACCUGCAUUAGAAUUUCAAGAUAAUCUGCCUGGGCAAGGUGACUCAUGCCUGUAAUCCCAGCACCUUGGGAGGCUGAGGCAGGAGGGUGGCUUAUGCACAGGGGGUUCAAGACUGCAGUGAGCCGUGAUUGUUCUGCUGCACCCUAGCAUGUAUAACAGAGCAAGACCCUGUCCCCCACACCCCAAAAAAGUUUUUCAAGGAAGCCUAAAAUAAUGAACCUGGCAAGAUAGAGUAGAGGCCAGGUGCAGCGGCUCAUGCCUGUGAUCCCAGCACUUUGGGAGGCCGAGGUGGGCAGAUCGCUUAAGCCCAGGAGUUUGACACCAGCCUGGGCAACAUAAUGAGACCAUAUCUCUACCAAAAUACAAAAAUUAGCUGGGCGCACUGGUGCACAUCUGUGGUCCCAGCUACUUGGGAGGCUGAGGUGGGAGGAUUGCUUGAGCCUGGGAGGUUGAGGCUGCAGUGAGCCAUGAUUAUGCCACUGCACUCUAGCCUGGGUAACCGAGCGAGAUCUUGGCUAAAAAUGUUUUUAAAAAUUAAAAACAGAAAAGCAAGGAAAUAGUUUAGGACAAUUUUUGGAAUUCAAAGAUAUAGGUAGACCCCUUGUUUCUGGAAAAGUCAGCAUUUUUCUUUUCUUCUUUUUUUUUUUUGAGAUGGAGUCUCACUCUGUCACCCAGGCUGUAGUGCAGUGGCGCAAUCUUGGCUCACUGCAACCUCCGCCUCCCGAGUUCAAGCUAUUUUCCUGCCUCAGCCUCCCAGGGAGCUGGGAUUACAGGAGCACACCACCACGCCCGGCUAAUUUUUGUAUUUUUAGUAGAGGUGGGGUUUCGUCGUGUUGGCCAGGCUGGUCUCGAACUCCUGACCUCAGGUGAUCAUCCUACUUUGGCCUCCCAAGGUGCUGGGAUUACAGGUGUGAGCCACCAUGCCCGGCCAGCAUUUUUUUAUUGAGGUAACUUUUACAAUUUUUUUUUUCUUUAAAUGAGACACCUGUCACCCAGCCUGGAGUGCAGUGGUGUGAUCAUGGCUCCCUGAAACCUCAAACUCCUGGGCUCAAGUGAUCAUCCUGCCUCAGCCUCCCAAGUAGCUGGGACCACAAACGUGCACCACCAUGCCUGGCAACUUUUCAAAUUUGUUUUAUUUUUUGUAGAGACAGGGUCUCCCUACGUUGUUCAGGCUGGUCUUGAACUUCUGGGCUCAGGGGACCCUCUUGUUUCGGCCUCCCAAAAUGUAGUGUUGGCACAAACUUUUAUUGAAGUAUAAUUUACAUUACAGAAAGGGGUGCCUAAGUGGUUCACUAAAUUUUUCACAAACUGAAUGUAUCUAUUUAAGCCUCACCAGACUGAGCAACCAACAUUAUCAGCACUGAGCAGCCCCCUCAUGCCCCCUUCUGGUCCAUGCCCAUGCCCACCCCCACCCCAGGCUGACAGCAUACUGACAUCUAACCAUAUGGACUGGAGUUUCUUGUUUCUGUGCUCUGUAUAAAGAGAGGACGCACAGGAUGUGUACCUACGGUGUGUCAUCUCUUGUCUCUGGCCUCACUGGCUUGAUGUUACCUUGGGAGGUGUCACUGUUGCUGUGUCAGUGUAGAUCAUUUUCAUGGCUGUGUUGUAUUGGCUGGGACCUUUUUUAUCGAAGGGAGCUUGGACACUCUGCAUGCCCCAGUGUGCUCAGGAAGAGCACGCACUGGAUGGAAAGUUGGCUGGGUGCGGUGGCUCACGCCUGUAAUCCCAGCACUUUGGGAGGCCAAGGUGGGCAGAUCACUUGAGGUCAGGAAUUCGAGACCAGCCUGGCCAACAUAGUGAAACCUCAUCUCUACUAAAAAUACAAAAAUUAGCCAGGUGCUCUGGCGCACCCCUGUAAUCCCACCUACUCGGGAGGCUGAGGCAGGAGAAUCCCUUGAAUCUGGGAGGUGGAGGUUGCAGCAAGCCAAGAUCGUGCCGCUGCACUCCAGCCUGGGCAACAGAGCGAGACCCUAUCUCAAAAAAGAAGAAAAAGGAGAAAGCUAAUGUUAAUUUUUUAGACAAGUAGUUGAGGACACUCAUUUCCAGAA